AUGCCAACAAUUGGUAACAUGCCCCAUAUCCCUACCGAGCCAUUGACGCCGAUCUGGGGACUUGAUCUAAUCGGCCCAAUGUCGCAAGGUAAAGGCCAGGUCAAGUACGCUGUGGUAGCCGUGGAUUACUUCACCAAAUGGGUCGAAGUAGAAGCUUUGGUGACCAUCACAACAGCAAGAAUGGAAGACUUUGUUUGGACCCACAUCUACCUCGGAUCUCUUUAG